AUGGACUCGAUUCCCCUCGAGGACUCGGGCCUAUCCCUCGAAACCAAACUCACCACAACCUUCUCCCUAAACUCCAACCCAAACAAUAACAAUGACCUCUCAUCACACCUCACAAAACGAUACACAACAUUCUCCAUUCCUUCAUCCUACGGGCGCAUGGACUCGAGUCCUCCACCGGGCACAGUUGCAGGAAUAGUACUCGGCAGCGUGGGCGGCGUCGUCCUAAUUCUAUACCUUACAUUCCUAGCCCUAAACCCCGGCGGUCUAGCACGGGGUAGUUCCUCCUCGUUUGACGAAGAAGUCGUGGUAACGAGUCGACGGGCCGGAUCACGACGCAGCCGAAGCAAUAACACGAUCGAGGUUGUGGAAGAGCGGGAUCGACGCUCUAGUUAUCGGCGCAGACCUAGUCCACGGGAUGAUCGCGAUCAUAUUAUUGUUGAGGAGUCGAUGACGGGGACGGCGACCUCGGAUGGAAGGGAUAUGAUUGAGGUUGUUGAGGAGGAGUCUUCGGCUGUGUCCUCUGUUUCUACAAGGCCGCCUCGAAGGGCGAGGAGUCAUCGCUCAGGAGUGAGGACAAUUGAUCCUCGUGAUCCGUUGGAUUAUGGACAUGAUGAGAGUGAUGUGAGUCGGUAUUAA